ACAAAAUUGAACAAAUAACAUGAAACUUAUGCCAGGGGGGGUGCACUACAGUAAUGUUACACACAUCCAAAUAAAUUAUAAGUGGUGCAAAGAUUUUUUAUUUAGUGAUCCACUAAUCAAUUUUAUGUAAGAGAGUGUCACUAUAAUAGUGUUUGAAAGCAGGUUUUUGGUUACUAUACCUGCAUUUGUGGAGAUAGUAACAAAUUUGUAACAAAGUAUACAUCUUUCUUUCUGUGCUUGUGGAAAAAAAAUACAACAUUUUCCCAUUUUAAAAUAAAGUCCUUGUAGAGCUGUCCGAUAAUAAAUCUGCUAAAGUCUUUCCAAAACGUUGUAGCAUGUGAACAGAUCCAAAAGAGGUGCUGAACGGUGUAAGGGUGGCUUCCACAAAAACAGCAAUUCACAUCAAUGUCCCUCUUAAACUUUGUCAUAUAGUGAUUUGCUGGAUAACACUUAUGAAGUAUUUGGAAUGAAACUUCUUUGACCUUAUUUGUCACAAAAUACUUAUUAGGAAUGGUCCAUACUCUGUUCCAACUAUGUCAGUGACAAAGGAAUUUCCAAUAAAACAAUUAAAUAUGGAACAGAUAAGGAUUCUCUCUGAAAUAAAGCACGAAUAUUCCUAUUCCUGUUUUUAUGCUCGGUUAGACAAACUUUAUGUGUUCACAGGGUCGGGAGGAGAAAUAGGCGGUAAAUACUUCGCUUCUUUCCGGAGUAUUUCUCUUAUCUGAUGGCACCAUCUAGUGGCUGACAAGCAUAUCACACAAAAAGUCUAUUUCUCUGUUUAAGAUGGCGACUUCACGUUUCUGUUUAUAAAUGUGUGUAAAACGUUGUUUUACAAGUGUUGUUCUCAUGUCAUGUUCAUCAACUCUGCAUCAGCCGAGGUAUUCCUUAAAUGUAAAGCGUCUAAGCGGUAGUCUAAUGCUAUUGGUUAGUUCUGGUCCGCGCUCAGUUUCCUAUUGCACGGAGCUCUGCGGGGCAGGGGGCGUGUUUAGCAACAAAAAAAGACGUAUUGCUUACAUUUUAUCACAGUACAUGAUAAGAUAAUCACUUUUACGGAUUUCUGACAAAUCAUAUAUAAUUUCUGAAAGAGGAAAACUCCGGAAAGCAGCUUUAACAGGGUUUUCAGCUUUUUAAAAUUAAAUUGCCUAACUUUUGACUAUUGAUUUUGCAUCUUGAUCACCGAAUUUCUCAUUCUAAUUGUUGUAUUCUAGUAUUUCAGUAGCAAAUACAAAAAAGCCAAAUUGGCUUCCUUUUGAGUUAUGGAUUAUUCUGUUAUCUACUGAAAACUUCCACUCAAUAUAAACUGUAAUUGUUGUGCCGAGAUGGGAAAACACUUUCCUCCCUUUGUGCUCUGAAAGCUCAACCACAAAGUGUGUGUGUGCAUCGCUGACCUGUGUACUGUUGCAUAUAUUUAGAUUUCUAAAGCCCGCCCACUUCCUACACAUUUAGUUUAGAUGUCUUACAUAAAAACAAACCAACAAAAACACAGAACCCUGUUGCUUUGGCUGCUAGUCAAAUGCUGCAGAUUCAUCUAAAUUGUUAAACUGCUAUUGUUAAAGAGCAAGUCACCCCCUACCAGAUUCUUACUCAACUCCCACUUCCUGUUUGAAAAAUGCAACAAAUGCUGUUGCCUGGCAGACCGAGAAGGCGAAGCUGCUAACAAAUACACACACACACACACACACACACACACACACACACACACACACACACACACACACACACACACACACACACACACACACACACACACACACACACACACAGGCUCACGACAGCAUUGUGACAUCAUAAUGUACCAGUUUACAUCAUAGCAUACCUCUUACCCAAUAGCGGUGGCAGAUUUAAAUGAAAAGACAGUGCAAAGUUUUUACCCGACAACGGCGCAACGCUGCCAGUUUUAGGCAGAAAAUUUAAAUUUUAACUAAGAUGCACUGAAGUGCCAAAUUAUUGACGACACGUGUCUGCAGCACGAUUAGACACUCGUUUAUUUAGUUUAUCAGCAAAAAAAAAAAGUUUAUUUGGGGGUGACUUGCUCUUUAAAGUCUUGGGCAGUGACUAGUUUAUUUUAAUUGCUUGAUGCUAGCUGUUGAUGCUCCCCGCUUAGGGGCGUCUAUCAGAGUCAAACAGCACCUUGUGCCAUGUCUGCACGUGUGCACACACACACACACACACACGCACACACUUACACAUGCACGUACACACUCACACCUUGUUAAAUGUAGUUCUUUGAGGUAAAUCAAAAUGAUCGACAGGUUGGAAUCCCCCCUAAGAAAAUGUUCCAACGAGGAACCACAAGUCUGCUGCAGCGUCAGACCACACCAACUCAAUAAAAACUCAUCCAACGUGAUAUCAGACCCUCUCUGGUCAAACUCCUUUAUGAGCUCCAGGCCAAAAUGCUGAUACUGUAAGUCAGAGUGACGUGCGUUUCACUUCCUUUCUCUUGUAUUUCUGGACUGCUGCGCUUGUUGCAGAACAAUAAACUUCAUGCUGCUGCUCUGAUAAGAGGAAAUACGGAGCCGGUUAAAAGAAACCGUGUUUUUCAGCCACAGCAGAGCAGAAUAAAUGAGCGCGGAAGCAGAAUGGAGUUGACGCCGAGUAGCUGUUUCAUUUGGGUUUAGAAUCCAGUUAAUCUAUGGCCAGUCCGAGCAGAAACAACAAAAUCCUGCAGGAACUGGUGCAGGAGCCGGGAAACAGCGUGUGUGCUGACUGUGCAGCUCCUGGUGAGUUAAUUCUCACACGUCUGUGAUUAAAGGCAAGACAUUCGGUUCACGUUUGAUGCCGUUUAUGCAUUUUACAUCGUGUUUUUCUCCCAUUGUGACAAAGCCUGAGCCAUGUGGUUUUCAUUUGGUAAACAACAAGAGAAAGAUGUGAUGUUUGUUUAAUAAACAGAACAGUAAUACGUUACACCUCAGUCAUGUUUGUGAUAAAUCUGUAUAAGAGGAAGGAGUGGCUCUGCUGCAUCUGUGCUAUGACCUCAUUGUUCCUCUUGUAACUCCCAACACUUUGCCACCAGGCCACAGUUAAACAGAAACCUGUAAAGCCUAGAGCGUGACUCGACUGAAAUGAACUCGCUGGAGGGCUUUAAGUGUGUUGUGUCUGCUCACAGAGCCCGACUGGGCCUCGUACACCCUGGGAGUCUUUGUGUGUCUGAACUGUUCAGGGAUGCAUCGCAAUUUACACGCAGUCAGCAAAGUCAAGUCCAACUGGGAAGACUCGUUAGUACAGGUACUGGCUUCGUUGUGUUGUUUCUAUUUAAUGAUUUACUCAGACAAAUGCCUGUCAGCAUUUCCUCAGGAGCUAAAUACCCUUUCUCUUGGUUCACAUUAACUUUUAUGUCCAAAGAGACGUAAUCAAGCAUUACCUGGUCCUGUUAGAAGGAGAAUAAACAUAUCAUACACAGCGGUAGCGAGGCCUACAUUCUGCUACUAGAAUAACAAACCCUAACCCAGCCAGGAGGUGGGGGUUGGUUACAGAGCUACUGACAGCAGCCCUAAACCAAAAGUAUUUCCUAACAUGGGUAACUCUUUACAAUAAGAGUCCCUUUAUUAACAUUACUCAGUGUGUUAUUAAGCAUUAAUAAACAAAGGAUCACCCUUAUUAACGUUCCCAGUGUUAUUACUAUUAAGUGUCCUUAAGGUCAGAACAAAUGCCCCCCAAGCAUUACUUAAUUUUUAGGGAUGGACGAUAUAUUGGCAUCAAUAUCAGCAUCGGCCAAUGUUAGUAAUUUUUAACAUAUCUGUAUCGGUUUGAUAAAUAAAACCAGGCUGAUAUUAAUAACCAAUAUUUUUUUCCAUCUUGUCUCCAUUUGUUUGCCUGUUUCAGAGGGUGAGGGGGUGAUGUGUAGUUGCUGAGUCAUGUGACAGUGAACGUAAUCAUCUCAGAACCGUAAAUUUCAUGCGUGAGAGGGGAAACACUGCAGCCAAAGACAUUUUCGAAAAGUGUGUCCCAUCCUUCUUCUACAGGCCGCACCAAAAAGACUGUGUUGUUCUCAAGGAUCAGUGGAUCCGAUCAAAGUAUGAAAGGAGGGAAUUCACAGGAGAAAGCAACUUCUUUCUGAAAACCUACUCUGCAGAUUUAUUUGAAGUCGUCCUCUGGAAGAAGGGAAAGGACAAUAAGCAGUUUCUGAAGAGGAUCUUCCUUUUGUCCCAGAAGGACUUCACCCUCAGAUACUUUAUCAAGGAGGAUUCCAAGGUUCCCAAAGCUGUCAUCAGCAUGAAGGACCUGAAUGCAGAGUUCCAGCCGGAGAAGAUCGGUCACGCUCACGGUUUGCAGAUUUCCUUUAAGGAGGAUGAACACACUAGGAACCUGUUUGUUUACCACGAGGACGGCCAGGUGAUCGUGUCCUUUUUUAAUGCAAUUCGGGCGACGCGCCUGGCCUACUUGCUGAAGAAACAUCCAACUCUUCAAAGUAACCAUUUAAUCCCUCAGAUUCAGGCACAUUGCCUGAAGGAAGGCUACAUGGAGAAAACCGGCCCAACGCAACGAGAGGCAUUCAAGAAGAGGUGGUUCACACUUUUCUCAACCAACAGAAAGCUUCUGUAUUUCAAGUCUCCUCUGGACGCUACGGAUCUGGGAUCUGUGUUCAUCGGCUCAGAGAACCACGGUUAUUCUGUGUCAGAGAGCUGUGGCCGGAACAUGAGGUCGGGGCGGUGGCACUGUGGGAUCACGCUGGAGACUCCAGGAAGGCAGUUUGUGUUCAUGUGUGAGCAGGAGCAGGAGAGGAAGGAGUGGAUGGAAGCCUUCAGAGCAAUCAUCUCACAACCCAUGACUCCAGAGGAUUACUCCAAUGAAGCCACUUUGACACGAGGAAAAUGACGUUUUCACUGGACUGAAGUCACUGUGGAGGCGGGGUUGUGUUUCUAUAAGAGCAUCGCAGGCAGCAUCCUCUACAUUUAUAUUAUUGUUUUUAUUUAAUAUCAUGAUGGUGAGUCAUAAAGGCAUUGUGUAUUUAACAAAAUGUUGUAUUUAUUAAAAUGUGGGCUUUAAUUUUAGAGAGGAUUUUAUACAUGUCUCUUUGAGUGAUCUGUCUUCAUUGUUUGUGUAUUUAAUGUCACUUGAUUUGCAAAUAAAAUUACAAGAUGACAGACAGUAA